AUGGAGCGUGCUGCCGGCUGGCUGGCCGGCGCGGAUGCUUCCGAGGCCGCCGACGCAGUCGCGCGCUCUGGCGGCACGCCUCCACCGCCGCCGCCACCGGCCCACGGCGACUCCCCGCCUCCCCUGGAAGAUGCGCCGGGCGCAGCAGCAGGCGAGGGCCCGCCGCCACCAGGGCAUCCAGCCGACGGGGCACAGACGGCGGCAGCGGCAGCGCCACCUGCAGAGGCGCCACUGCUGGACCUACCGGCUCUGCGCCAGAUGUUCUUUGACCAGCCCACAUCGCCGCCCGACCUGCGGCGGCGGCUGGCAGAGCUGGAGGAGCUGCGCCGCUGCCGCGUCUUCACAGACAAUGGCGCGCUGUGGGACCUGAUGCUGGGGCCCCUGCGCCGCUACCUGCUCCUGCUGGAGCGGCAGGCGGCGGCGGCGGCAGACACGGGACAUCAGCAGCAGCAGGCAGCGGAAAGUGGGGCAUCAGCCGUCUCGCUGGCAUGCGACAUGUGCCGCGGGCCGCCCCCGCCAGGCACCCAGCUGCGGCGCAUGCAGCUGAUAGGCCGGCCGGAGCACAUGGCGGUGUGCGGCGCCUGCGCCGAGCGCCAGCACGGCCUGCUGGUGCCGCUGACUCCCACCUGGGAGAUCGACGCGAAUGCGUGGCAGGCCAUCCAGCAGGCGCUGGCGGCACGCCAGCAGCAGCAGCAGCAGCCGCGUGGCGGCGCCGGCAGGGGCUCCCGCUCGGGAGCUGUGGCGCGGCCUGCCAGCGCGUGCAGCAGCGGCAGCCACAGGGGUAGGGCGAGGUUCCAGGCCACCAGCCAGGCCUGGCUCAAGGAGCUGACCAAGGGAAACGUGGAACCCAGCAACGGGCCCAAACCCCGCGUCUACCUGCCAUUCGGCGUCUACUGGUUCUGGGUGGACCGCCUGCUAGGGGACAGCGCUGAGCUGGCGACCCCCCUGGUGAUGCGCGUGAGGCAGGCAGGCAGCACCACCACCGCGGCCGGCACCGCCGACCCCGGCGCCGGCGACCCGGGGUCUGGUGCGGUGGCGGCGCCCGCCUGGGACAUCCGCCUGCUGAAGACUGACGACGGCAUGCAGCUGCAGCCCGCGGGCCUGCGCGUGCUGCUGGAGCAGCUGGGGGCGGGGGUGGGCAGCCGCCUUCUGUUCCAGCUGGAGGAGGGGCGGUGCAGCGCCGAGCGCCUGCAGGCGACCGUCAAGCUCAUCGGCAGUGGCGAACCGCUGCCGGAGCUGCCCGGGGACCCUGUGGAGGCUCCCCGCGGCGCCGUCGCCCUGGCGGGCCUGGCUGGCAGCAAGAAGCGCAAGGGAGGGUACACCAAGCACCCGGCGGACGCCGCCUCCGAGUUCUUCUAUGGCUGGGACGAGAGCUGGGAUGAGGAGGUGGCAGAUGAUGCCGCGCUGCAGUCGAUGGCUGUGCACACGCUGGACGGGCCCAGCGGGGCGGGCCGGUCCAAGCGGCGCGGCGCCGGCGGCCGGCUGGCGUCCAUCCUGCGCCAGGAGCUGCCCCAAUAUGACGACCCGGACGACGGCGACUUCCUGGUUGGUGCGGAGGCUCAGGGCGGCGAGGAGUUGGCGGCGGCGGCCGAUGAUGCCAGGGAGCUGCCUUUCCAGCCACGGCGCACCGCGAGCGUGGAGGAGGCGGCGCUGCUGGCGGCUGACCUGGAGGCGGAGGCGGAGGUGGAGGGGGCGCACCCGCCGCCGCCCGGGACCGCGCACAAGUGGGGCGUCUACGUCAAGUGUGCCGGCGUGCGCAAGGCCUGGUAUGGCCGGCUGGACCGCCAGCGCGCGGCGGUUGCUGCCGACCUGGUGCUGCUGUGGCAGCAGGAGACGCAGCCGGCGGCGGCGGGCGGCCCCCACCAGCGCCAGAUGAGUCUCCGCGAUCUCUUGGCGGCCAAGCGGGGCGAGGACGUGGAUGCUGGGACCAGCAGCAGCAGCGAGGAGGAAAGCAGCAGCCUGCGGGAGGAGGUGCAGGCCAUGCAGGCGGCCGCCGCCGCGCUGAUGACGACCGCCGGCUCGGGCGGCUGCUCGCCGCGCGGCAGCGGCGGCGCCCCCGAGGCCGGGCCGGCGCCGAGGGGAGGCCGCGGCAGGGCGCCGCCUGCGCAGCUCAACCUGCCGGGGGCGCUGCUCAUCCACACCCCGCAGCAGAUGAUCAGCUUCCUGUCGGUGGUGGUACCGCAAGACCCGCUGCCGCACCCACGCGGCGCGGCGCUGGCGCAUGCUCGGUCCUUGGACCGACCGCAGGACGAGGGCCAGCAGGCGGCGCAGCAGGAGCCAGAGCAGCAGCAGCAAGGUGGCCCAGGCCAGCAGCCGGCGCAGCAGCCGCGGCAGCAGCAGCGCAAGCGCAAGCACGCGCAGCCGGUGGCGGCGCAGCCGGGCCGGCCGCCGCUGCCUCCCCCGCAGGCGCAGCAGCGGCCCGCCGACGCGGCAGGGCAGCGGCGGCGCGUGGGAGUCGUCUUUUAUGAGGACACGCAGACCUGGGCGGGGGCCGCGGCUGGCAGGACCGCCGCAGGCCAGCUGGUGCCGCUGCGCGUGGAGGGCCUUCCCACCUCGGAGCAGGCGGAGGUCGCCAGGGACCUGCUGGCGGUCUGGGGCUGGCUGGCACAGGGCGGCGUGCUGCCGGGCGCUCACGCCGAUGACGCCAACGGCAGCGGCGGCGCGGGAGAGGGCGGCGGCGCGGGCGGGCUGGCCAGGCAGGCGAGCACGGCGUCGUCGUCUGGCGCUGGGCCCGCCGAGGCCGCGGGGCCGCCCGUGCCGCCCCUCAAUCACCCCCUGAACUUCUAUGCGAAGUGGGCCGCCGACCUGCGCCAGCUGGGAGUGCGUGAGGUGGAGCCUUAUGUGAAGGUGGUGGCUGAGGAGGUCAGCACAGAGCUGGCGACCCUUCUGCCGCCGUCCCCCAAGCGAGAGAGCAGCCCCGCAGCUGAUGCCAAGCUCGACACACCAGAAGUGCCGCCAGCCAAGGCUGCGCCAGCAGCCCCUGCGCCAGCUGAAGCGGCCACGCCGGCGCAUGCCGCCAAGCCCGCGCCGGCCGUCCAAGCGGCGUCAGCGGCGCCCGCGCAUGCCGGCAGCGCGGCACCCUCGGCUAGGCCGGUGGGCCAGGGAGCCGUGGCAACUGGCGCAGGGGCUGCUGGCGCAGCCUUGCCGCUCGACUUGCUGGAUGUGCUGGCCUCUGCUGCGUCAGGGGAGGCGCCGGCAGGGCCGCCUCCAGCUGCGCAGGCAGCUCCUGCGGAGCAGCCAGGCUUGGCGGCGAAGCAGGAGGAUGCGCCGCACGCUCAGCCCCAGCCGGCGGCGUCCCGGGAAGCACCGGCAGCACCGGUGGAGCCGUCACGCCAGCCGGAAGCGCCACCAGCGGCGCCGCCGCCUGGGUGGAGGCCCCACCCGCAGCAGCGGCCCGAGCUGCACCAGCCGGCGCCGCUGUUGCCCACUGCUGGUUCCGGCGGAGGCAGCGGAAGCCUGCAGGGCUCAGGCGGCAGCGGCGGCUUGCUUAGGGCGCCGUCCACGGUUUCGGAGCGUGCAGCCCAGGCAGCCGAGCGCAAGGUGCAGCAGGCGCUGGCGGCGUUUGCCGCGGCCGACAUGGAGAGCGGCGACAGCAUGCUGCGCCCGCUGCGCCUGCUGGUGCUGGCGAACAAGGGCGGCCAGACGCUGCGGGACGUGGUGCAGCGAUGGGCCAGCUACUCGCUUACGGCUCAGCAGGACGUGUUUGAUGCCGCGCUGAUAGGGUGCGACCGCGGGGAGUUUGACCAGCUGGAGGAGCAGCUGCUGCUGGCGCUGUAG